AUGGCCAUGGCAAGCCGCUCCUUCUUUGCAGCUCUGAUCAUUGCGCUCUUGUGCCCACCUGCGGGUGCCGAGAGCUGCGCAGCCUCCACCUCGGGGCCGAUGAUGCUGCAAGCAAGGCGGAGCCAGCUGAACAAAAGCAAGUCGACUGAGGCGGUCAUGGCGACCAUGGGCCUGUGGACAAAGGAUGUAUCGGCUCUCCGUGGCGGUUCCUGCGAAUAUGCUGCGGUAUCGCAAGGGGGUCUGCAGUCGCCAGCGGCGACAAGCAAGUACCUGGAGUCUCGCGCAGUGUGCAUCGCCAACCCGGAGAUCUACGGCAAUGGCGCAGCCUGCGGUUCCUGCUGGAAGGCUCACCGUGAGGGCCAGGGCAGCAUGGUGGUGCAGAUUAUUGGGUCGCAUGGAGGCUCCGACCUUGGCUGCUUCUUCGAUGCCUUCCGCACCAUCUCGGGUGCGGACUCCGGUACUUUCGAG